AUGGACUACCUGAGCUGGGCCCUCAUCAACGGGCCACUCAGUAUAAUCUGCUUCAUCAUUAACGUGUUUUACAUCUUCUGCAUGGUGCGGCCGCUCCACGGAGAAAGCAUCAAGCAACCUCUGAAGCUUCUUCUGAGCUCCCUGAUUGGCAGCACUGUCGUUUAUAUCUUCGCGGUUUGCGGAGUGUUUUUCAGUCAGGCAUACAACGAACAGAACGGCGUCGCCGAGCUCUCUCUUUACGUCUCGCUCGGCUGUCUGUCCAUCAGCGUUUCCUCCUCGGUCUGGCUGAACUUUUUCUACUACACCCAGAUCGUUCCGGCACGCGGAGGCCUCUUCGUCUGGAUCAAGAGGAACGUCAAACCGGUCGUCUUCGUCGUUCUGCUCGGCGAAAGCAUUUGCACCUUGCUGGAUUUCAGCCUGUCGGUCGUAGUUUUGAAUCUUAACGACUACGAGCUCAACGCGACUUCUACUGCGGAAAAUGCAUCCCUUUAUGACCCUCCGGGGGGAGAUUUUCAGAACCAGCGUGUGGACAUAACUGUCAUUAAGGUCACCCUGCAGAGGUCUCGUUUUUACAUCUCUUUCGUUGUGAUGAUGGCGUCUAGUGGCGCCACCGUGCUCUACCUGAGCAGGCACAUUCGCCACAUGCUUGUGAAUGGCCUGUCCCUUUCCAGCGCAGGGCUCAGUAGCCAGGUGAGGGUCACCGUCACUGGCAUCCUUCAGUGUCUCCUCUAUUUUUCCUUUGCUGUGUGGCGGGAGUACGCGUUUGCUGCUGAGCAUGACAUGACGACUUUCAUAAGUCCUUACGUGCGAUCGACAGCCGUCAGCCUCUACAUGUUAGGCACUACGCUGAACCUGGGAGCCGGUCAGUCUGUCUUCAGGCAGAGGGCAGCAGAUGUGUGGGGCAGAGCGGGCCAGUGGUGCAGAAGCUUGCAGCAGGGAUAA